GUGCCUGCUGCUAUCCAGAUAUCCAACCCCUGGAAACAAAACCACUCCCCAGGGUGAUAUUACAUCAAACCUGCUCCCACUGAGAUCCACUUCCUGUGUUGGCCAUGCCUGGGUGGAGCUGCCUGGUGACAGGAGCAGGAGGGUUUCUGGGCCAGAGGAUCAUCCGAUUGUUGGCUCAGGAGAAAGGGCUUCAGGAGAUCAGAGCCUUGUUCAGGUCCUUCACCCCAAAACACAGAGAAGAAUUAUCCAAGCUGCAGACAAAGACCAAGGUGACAGUGCUGGAGGGAGACAUUCUGGAUGCCCAGUGCGUGAGGAGAGCCUGCCAGGGCAUCUCUGUUGUCAUCCACACCGCUGCUGCCAUUGACGUCUUGGGUGCCAUUCCCAGACAGACUGUGAUAGACAUCAACCUGAAAGGUACUCAGCACCUGUUGGAUGCUUGUGUGGAAGCCAGUGUUCCCAUCUUCAUCUACAGCAGCUCAGUGGCUGUGGCUGGACCUAACUCCUACAAGGUGAUCAUCCGGAAUGGCUGUGAGGAAGAUAAUCAUGAAAGCACAUGGCCUGAUCCAUACCCAUACAGCAAAAAGUUGGCAGAGAAGGCAGUGCUGGCAGCCAAUGGGUCCACCCUGAAAGAUGGUGGCACUUUCCACACUUGUGCCUUAAGAUUCCCAUUCAUCUAUGGGGAAAAAGACAAAUUCAUUGCAGCUAGUGUGGACACAGCACUCAAGAACAAUGGUAUAAUUAACAAUUUUGGCAAAUUCUCUUUGACCAACCCAGUGUAUGUGAGUAAUGCAGCCUGGGCACACAUUCUGGCUGCCAGGGGCCUACAAGAUCCCAAGAAGUCACCAAACAUUCAAGGACAGUUCUACUACAUCACAGAUGACACCCCUCACCAAAGCUAUGUUGAUUUAUAUUACAACCUGAGCAAGAACUGGGGCCUCCGCCUUGAUUCCCGUUGGAGCCCUCCUCUGCCGGUGCUGUACUGGCUUGCCUUCCUAUUGGAAGCUGUGAGCUUCCUGCUGCGUCCAAUCUUCAAUUACAGGCCUCCCUUUAACCGCCACUUGGUCACAAUAUUAAAUAGUGUGUUCACCUUCUCCUACAAGAAAGCUCAGAGAGAUCUGGACUAUGAGCCCCCUGUCAGCUGGGAGGAAGCCAGGGAGAAAACUUCUGAGUGGAUUGGGUCACUAGUGGAGCAGCACAAGGGGGCACCAAACACAAAAACUCAGUGACGUGAUAUUGGCAGG